UAAUUCGCUACCCGCCCGUUCGUCACUUAGUGGCGUCGCGGUUACCAGAUGAUCGACUGUUGCGAAAUGGCGUGGUGGACUCUGGCAGUUCUGCUGCUGUCUCUCUCCAUAGUCUGCUGUGCGGAAUCCAUCCAGGAGUUCACAUCCAGCACCCUCAUCAAUAACGUGGUGCAGGACCCCCUCACAGGCCACAUCUAUGUGGGAGCCAUCAAUGCCAUCUACCAAUUGGACUCCUUGCUCAGGCAGGAGAAGAAAGUAGAGACUGGUCCCAAGAGGGACAGCCGCCACUGCACACCCCCCAUCCAGUCCUGCCACGAUGCCAAGAUGACAGACAACACCAACAAGCUGUUGCUAGUGCACCCGUCUAACGGCUCGCUCAUCGUGUGUGGAAGCCUCUUCAAGGGCAUCUGCUCCCUGCGGAAACUCGGCAGCAUUGACCACCUGAUCUACUGUAAUGACAGCAAGGGUGAAAAGGCUUAUGUGGUCAGCAGUGAGGAGACGGUGUCUGUAGUAGGAGUGAUGUCAACCUUCACCAAAGAGAAUGAUACAUUUGAUGUGUUUGUCGUGGGGAAAGGCUACGGAAGCCAGGGCAACAUGAAGCUUAUCAGCACCCGCAUCCUGCAGGACUUUGGCAAUUGGGAUGUGUUUGAGGACAUUGUUGAGGCUCCUGCUGUUCAGGUCACCCCAUUUGUCAAGAAGUACAGGCACAAUUUUCGCUACUCAUUCAAGGAAAGUGGCUUCAUCUACUUCCUCUUCACCCGCACAAGAGGGGGGCUACAUAACAAAAACUAUACCUUCAUCUCCCGCCUUUGUGAGGAUGAUCACCAUUACUAUUCCUACAUGGAACUGCAGCUCAGCUGUGGCCCCAACAACAUGUACAACAAGGCACAGGCCGCCUUUGUCUCCUCCCCUGGGGAGGAACUGGCCCGAAACCUGAGCGCAUCCGGUCAGUACGGCCAAGUGCGGUCGCAGGACAAGAUUCUGUUCGUAGUGUCCAGCACCGAUGAAGACAAGCCCCGUUCGGGGCUCUGCAUGUACCCCCUGAGAUAUAUCAACCAACGAAUUAUGGAAAUCAUCAGUGCCUGCUACACAAAAAAUGGGAAAAUUGGAAACAAAGUAGCUGUUGAUUCUCCGUACACAACCUCAGCAAAUCUAUUAUGUUCAGUAUCAGUCCGUCAAGACACGCUGACAAAGUACAAAUGUAGUGCCGAUUUCCUGCCUUCACCGCUGGCCAGCACACCAGGCUUUGCGCUGGCUGCCCAAGCUGUCCACACCACCAGAGACCUGCUCAUGGCUGUCGCCGUUGCUGUGGAGGCUGAGCACACGGUGGCCUUUCUGGGAACCAGCAAUGGGAAGGUGUACCACGUACACCUGUCCAGCACACCAGAGGUGUACCGAACUGUCCCUGGACCCAGCUCUGGUGAGGCAGUGAACAAACACCUGCUAUUCGACAGAAACCACAGGCAUCUGUACGUCACCACAGGAAAAAAGAUCUCAAUGGUACCAGUGGAGGAAUGUGAUAUGAUGAAGGACUGCAAGUCUUGCAUGGACCUCAAGGAUCCCUACUGUGGCUGGUGUGCCUUGGAGGGCAGGUGCACCAGGAAGUCUGACUGCAGGAAGGCAGAAGAGGAGAAGCACUGGCUGUGGAGUCCUCAGAACCAGUGUGUGGAAAUAACAUCUUUCCAGCCACCAAAUCUGAGCUGCAAGAAGAUGCAGAAGGUUGACAUCAACGUGGCUUCUCUCCCCAGCAUUGGAGGGGAUGACAGUCUGAAAUGCAUUUUUGGCAAUUUUGAAAGUGAAGCGAAAAUGGGCGACUCAAAGGUCACUUGUGAUCUGCCGAAAGUCACCGAGAUUCCUGUCACUCCCAAAAAUAAAGAUUUCGUCCAAGUGGCCACGAAGAUCUUUGUGAAUGACGAGGUGGAGUUGGCGUCCAGCUACUUCACCUUUUAUAACUGCAGCGCAGCCGCGAGGCAGGCGGAAAACACACCGUGCAUGUCGUGUGUGGACAGCGAGUGGAGCUGCCAGUGGAACACUCAGGAAUUCAUCUGCGAUGACAGGGAUGACUCCGUGGGUGAUCACAUUAUCAAACAUAAAGAAGGAAGUAAGUGCCCAGUAUUUGAGAAUCCGACUCCGUCUCUCAUUCCUGUGGGUUACGAAACCUCCAUCGAGUUCACUGGAAAAAACCUCCGUGUUUAUGAGGGCAGAGAAUUCAAGAUUGGCACCGAGCUGAUGGUGCCCACUGAGGAAAUGGUCACUAUAAAAGAUUCAAACUACAGUUUAAAGGGAUGCAAGUUUGCCUAUGACGAAGUGCGAACAGUUGACGUGCACUUCUACAUCAAGGACAGAAAGACACAUAAGAAGAUUGACAGCAAACUAAACGUGACGCUAUACAACUGUGCUGUGGGCCGUGAGGACUGCAGCCUGUGCAAGAGUGCAGACCCCAUGUACAGUUGUGUGUGGUGCGAUAAAACCAAGUCCUGCGAGUAUCGGAAAAGGUGUCCGAGUGGUGAGCGGAGAAGGGACUGUCCCAACCCUGAAAUCACUGAUAUCAUACCUCAGUAUGGGCCUCUGAAAGGGGGGAUUUCAGUAACCAUCAAAGGCUCCAACCUGGGUAUCGUGAAAGAGGACAUAGAGAGCAUCAGAGUGGCCGGAGAGCCCUGCGUGCACCAGGAAGAGAAGUACUUCGUGUCCACCAGCGUGGUGUGUGAGAUCGGUGGAGUCCAACAGAAACAGUCAGGGGUUGUGGAGGUGAAGGUGAAAGGAGGGAAAAGCGGGACGUCGAGUGUCAUGUUCACAUACAGGGAUCCCAGACCCGAAAGGGUCCAGCCUAACCGAGGCCCACGGGCGGGAGGAACUCUUAUCACAAUAACAGGAACGGAUCUGGAAACCGGUACCAAGGAUGACGUCAGCAUCACUGUCGGCGGGGUGGUGUGUAUUGUGGAGACAUUCCGGAAAAAUAUAACCUGCAAAACCGGAGAGUACACGGUACAGAAGGUCCCCUCUGAUAACCUGACAGUGACAGUGAAGUACGGGAAGCACACCACGAAAGAUGUGCCUACGCCGUUCAGGUUUUUUGAGAAUCCUAAACUGGAUCACCACUAUCCAGACACAAGUUUUGUAUGUGGGGGGCGGAUCAUUUUUAUCGUCGGCACCGGGUUUGACCUCGUCCAGAACACUGCCGUGAAAGUGGUGCCCUCCAGCGAGCAGUCAGGCGUCACCAGUCCACUGAAGUCUGAAGUGGAGGUAAAAGGCGAAAAUGACACAGUAAUGCAGUUCUCCUCCCCAACGGUGAACGUGACCGAUGGGAUAGCGUCUCUCAGGACCUACAUCGUCAUGGACAACAUUGAGCUUGAGCUCAAGCCUUUUGACUACCACCCGGAUCCUACGUUUGAAGAGAACCAAAAAAGGAUUGUUUCAGAGAACAGCAUCAUAUCUGUAACUGGUAAAGGUUUCGCCAAAGCAAUGACAGCCCAAGAAGCAGAAGCCUUUGUGGGAGACGUCUCUUGUGGGGUCAGCAUCUUACACGAUGACAUGCUCUUCCUGGACUGGACCCAACCAACAUCUUGCUUUAAGAGGCCCAAGAGAGACACAAAGUCAGAUUUGCUGGAACUUAAGAUUAAGUUCGGCCAUGGGCAGUGGAUUGUAGGCUCAGUGGAGUAUGAAAAGAAGAUUGAGGCAUCCUGGACAUCUCCCCUGGACAUCAUAAUUCCUGCAGUGAUUGCCCCGAUGGUGGGGAUCACCAUAAUCAUAAUCAUAGCCUCAGUGUGCUGCUACAGGAAGCAAGCUGAGAGAGAAUAUGAGAAACUGAGGCAGCAGCUCGAGAACCUGGAGGGGAGCGUUCGUGACCGCUGCAAGAAGGAGUUCACAGAGCUCAUGAUUGAAAUGGAGGACCACACUGCUGACCUCAGUGAACCCUGUAUCCCCUUCCUGGACUACAAGACCUACGCAGACCGCGUUUUCUUCCUGCCUUUCAAGGACAGCGCCAGUGACGUGAUGAUCACUGGCAAGCUGGACAUUCCUGAGGCGAGGAGGGCCACAGUGAUGCAGGCCCUCAACCAGUUCCUCAACCUGCUCAAUAGCAAGCCUUUCCUUCUCAGUUUCAUCCGCACCUUAGAGGGGCAUCCUGACUUCAAUGCCCAGUCAAAGGGCUACUUUGCCUCCCUGCUGACGGUGGCGCUUCACGGCAAGUUGGACUACUACACAGACAUCAUGAGGACACUCCUGUUAGAACUCAUGGAACAAUAUGCCCGGAGCAAGAACCCCAAGCUCAUGCUGCACAGGUCGGAGACAGUGGUGGAGAAAAUGCUGUGCAACUGGAUGUCUAUCUGUCUCUAUCAGUUCUUGAAGGACUCGGCAGGAGAGCCUUUGUACAAGCUGUUCAAAGCCGUCAAACACCAAGUGGAGAAAGGCCCAGUGGAUGCUGUCAUGAAAAAGGCCAAGUACACGCUGAAUGACACUGACCUGCUGGGGGACGACGUGGAGUACUGUACGCUGACUCUGCAGGUCCUCGUUCACGGGGAAGGGCCAGGUGUCACUUUGGUCAAGGUACUCAACUGUGACACCAUCUCCCAAGUGACGGAGAAGAUCCUUGAGCAAGUGUACAAAAAUGUGCCCUAUUCUCAGAGGCCCAAGAUGGAAAGCGUCACUCUCGAAUCUGCUGGGCAGAUUCUGUCGGACCUUGACUUGACAUCGCAAAAGGAGGGCAGAUGGAAGCGCAUGAACACUUUGGCCCACUAUGACGUGCGAGACAACGCCACUCUCGUUCUGUCUAGGGUCCUGCAUCCUCUGCAGUCUUAUGACCAGCACCAGGACAGAAGAGAAGUGAGAAAUGCUCUGCUUGAAGAGGACAAGGUGUUCCACCUGGUGCAGCCAGCAGAGGAGGUGGAUGAGGUCAAAUCCAAGAGGGGCAACAUGAAGGACAAGUCGAUGACCAAAGCCAUCACAGAGCUUUAUUUGAUGCGGUUGCUGUCUGUCAAGGGCACUCUACAACAGUUUGUGGACGACUUCUUCCGCAGUGUCCUCUGUUCAUCCGUUGGGCCCCCAGCAGUCAAGUACUUUUUUGACUUCCUGGACGAACAGGCACAGAAGCACGACAACGUGGAUGACCAGACCAUUGACAUCUGGAAGACCAGCAGCUUGCCUUUGAGGUUCUGGGUGAACAUCCUGAGGAACCCCCACUUCAUCUUCGACAUUCACGUGAACGAAGUGGUGGACGCCUCCUUGUUUGUUAUUGUCCAGACCUUCAUGGAUGCCUGCACCAAGAGCGAGCGCAAGUUGAGCAGGGAUUCCCCGAAUCACAAAUUACUCUAUGCAAAGGAAAUCUCCACAUACAAGAAGAUGGUGGAGGAUUACUACAAGGGCAUCAGGGAGAUGGUGCCCGUCAGCAACCAGCAUAUGAACACCCACUUAGCGAAGGUGUCACGGUCUCACAAAGACAAACUCAGCACCCAGGUGGCUCUGCAUCAGCUGUACCAGUAUGCAAACAAGUACUAUGAUGUGAUCAUCACCUCCUUUGACGAGGACCCCGCUGCCCAGAAUAAACAGCUUGCUCUGAGACUGCAGCAGAUAGUGGCUGUACUGGAGAACAAAGUGACAGACCCCUAACCUCUGUAGGAGGGCGGGGGCCGGUUUUGGUACUGUGGGGCCAGAAAUUAAAGCGGAGUUUAUUUCAUAUGGCCUGAGUCCUGAGUGGAAUAGCAAAGACGUGGGGAAGGGAAGGAAUGGGGCUGUUCCGAGGAACCCCCCCAUCUUAAACAUUUGUUGUGUCUGAAACGGUGUCACAAUUCCCUAACGGUUCUCAAAGUCGAUCCCCCUCCCUGUGCUGGUCCAGAUCAUACAACACGUGCCAAGGGGCCGAGGGAUCUGCAGGAGACACCACACCAGACGUUCUCAACGGUGAGACAUGUGACCAUUGCAGCCCGGCCUUUGAAAUAAGCCCUUCCUUAAUUGCAGGCUUUAUUUGUUCAGCUGUUGUUAGUUGUUGUUGUUCAGUUAAAUGUUCAAUUUCUUCCAGUAUAAAAAAAGUUUAAGAAUAGUACAGAAUAUUAGAAUAAGAUUAAGAAUUAAGUUUAUAGUUUUUAUUGUGCAUUUUUUACGCGGAAAGCCUUAUAUAUUU